UCAAAUCACGUAUUCAUUAAAUACCCAAACGCUUCAUUUAUAGAUACCAAAUAUGUGAUAUAUAGUCUUUAUAUUCCUGAAGGGUCCUCAGGUCUGUGUUGGAACUUCGUUCCUUUUCCCUUCGACGCUGUCACGUACUUGUCUCGUUCUGGCAGUAAAAAUUGCCACCCAGUUUGGGAAGAGAAAAAAAAACUAGAUCUAUGGAUAAGUCGUGGCCACCUCGAGGCGCUUCUGCGAAGAAAAGAUUCUCUCAGCUUCGCGUUUGACGGUGAUCGUCCCCGAAGACUUCGAUAAUCUUAUCGGGCUUUAUCUCCUCGCCAUCGCGUAUCGCGUUUCCUCGUACUACGAUGGGCAAUGGGCCCCCGAUCAGAGUGCGUCCGGUCGUGCGUGUGUGCACACGCGUCACAGUAACGUAGCGUGCUGAAACGUGCCGGGGAUUCCACCACCUGAAACAUCCCGUCGCAACUCGCGGCGGCGACGCGCGAUUCGAGCAAACAUUUCGUAAUACCGCUCGCGGGAGAGAGAGACAGCCGAGAGGUGGGCAGUAGGUGUGCGAUACGCCGUCGGACGCGCAGCGCGCGAAAAAUAAGGUGUGACUAGCGUGAUUAGCGCGAUUGUAAACUUAAAACACACGAGGCGCCGAGCGAGAACGUUUCGACGCGGGCGCUUCGUCGCGCUCGAUGUUCGAGCGCGACGCACGAUCGCAAGUAUCGCGCCGUUAACGUCGAAUUGAUCGCAGAUAAAAGUUUAUCCGGAGCGACGUACAUUCGACGUCCUUAUCUCAGACGAGUGACACGGCGGACAGAUCCAUUUGUCACUGUGCGACCAACCAAGUGAGAAUGAGAACGUCGUGCGCCGUCCGACUGUGUCAGGUGACAGCGGGACGCGUGUGAAGUGUGAUUUACUUGAAAUCCCCGUCACUUUGGCUGCGUUUCGAUAAUUCCGUAAAUAACCGUACUAAGAUCAUGUCCGCGCAUACCGUCGAUUCUUAGUAGUACUGAGCAGUAGAAGUGUGAUUGAAAUCCCGUCACUUUGGCUGCGUCUCGAUAAUUCCGUAAAUAACCGUACUAAGAUCAUGUCGCGCAUACCGUCGAUUCUUAGUAGUACUGAGUGGUACUAAGAAUCGACGGUAUACGCGACAUGAUCUGUAGAUUUUUGACUCACCGGCAGUGAAUAUCGGAACGCAGCCUUAGUCGCGGUAAACGCGCGGAGAAGAAACGAAUUUUAUGUAUACAUUUGAAUUUUCUUCAUAUUAAUCGUAUCGAUAAGAUAUUUAGGGAUGUUUUCAUAGUGUCAAUUUUCGGAAGGAUAUAUUCUUUUCCAUUUUUCCGCCGGUUUAUUUUGGUUUCUCACCUUCUUUACGGGGGAAAGAAAAAAGUAAAUAUAGUAGAUUUUAACCAAACGCACGUGAAGUAUCUUAAACGAACUUUUGGAACCUCCCCCCUUGGAACAGAAACCGAAGAGAUCCGCGGGAAAAUUGGCAAAAAAAAAAAAUGACUUUCUUUCCGAAACCUUAAAACUACAGAUAUUUUCUUCACGUCGGCGAGAAUGAAGGGGGAGGGGAGGGGGAAUACUUCGAUUUCCAGCGAACUCUUUGUUUGCUGAGUUCGUAGAGACAAUUAGUAAAUCCGAGGAAAUUCAAGUUGCACCUUCGCUUACGUAAGAACGCGCGAAUCCCGGUCUCGAGUGCGCGAAAGUCGAAGGGCGGCCUCUCGUCACUCGUCGUCCGGACUUAUCAGCCGCAACGAGCGUUCCCAUUGCGUUCUCAUCGCGGCCGUCGAGAGAUCGGGCUUCGUGUCAAUAUUUGACAUCCGCGCGCGAGAUGUACGACGGGCAUUGUCGAGAGCGCGUAGAAGAGCGACGUGUGAGAGGGAGGGAGAGAGAGAGAGAGAUUAUUUACGAAAAUGUGCGGCUUAUUCAAACAUGACACGUGUAAUUCUUGCGCACACACGCGGCGUAGAAGAAGACAGCCGAAAGACGGAAGUCGCGGAGGUAACAGUCGCUUCGGCUACCCCGGCAGGGCGCGCUUCCACGGGACGGCGCGAGAGAAGCAUUCGAUGGAAUGAGGAUCUUAGCAGAAUGGCUGACUUAUUGAUUCAAGACUAUUUUUUAUGCCUCUCAAAUCUUUGCUUUCAAGCAAUGACUGUCUUGUGUCUUAAACUAAAAAGCCAUUCUGUUUGUGAUCGGUGACAAAGUUGCUGUAUAAUAAAAAAGGAAAAAGUAAAAAAGUGAUAACUUAGACGAAGAUUUGGGGCAUUAAAACAUCGUCUGAAAAGUACAAGUCAGGCCGUUAGUAGAAGUGGCUAAUUUAUUAGCCUAAGACGAUGUUUCACGCCUCAAGCCUUUGUCUUUAAGCACAAUGCGUGACUGUCUCAGUCUCAGAAUGGCGCUGCCAUUCAGUCACUUAAAUCCUCUUUUGCCACUUUUUCUUAACAAGUCACUGGAAAAAAUUCACUAUCGUCCAAAGUGGAUUGCUAUAGUCACUUUUUUCCUGAGCUGCCGUUAAAUUCGUAAAAUAUAGGUGUUCUAUGUAGAUUUUUGCCGUCUCGUCUGCUGCCGAUUGCUCCGAAAACGUACUUUUAUCGUUCAUGGUCCUCGGUCUUUCCUUCUUAUGAACUUCGAAAUCCUAUUAUGAAAAGAACUCGCUAUAUGUUAAAUUAUCCGAAGAUAAACUUGGGAAGAUAAAAGUAAAUAUUAUAGGUUUUUUUAUUAAAAUGGCCUUAGUUACUCUCAGAAUUUGACAAGCCGUUGUGUAAUUAAAAAAAAGUGAACAAAUGAUAACUUAGAUAAUUAGAUAAAUUGAAGGUAUAAAAUGUCUUAAAAUUACAAGUCGAUCAUUCUGCUGAAGCCCUCAGCCAUUUUGCUAAAAGUCUGCCGGUUACUAAAAAUCACGACGGGCGACGUUUUCUCUGCGCGUACAUCAUCAUCGUGAACCAUCGACCGUUAUCUGCUCAUGACUAUUCCUUAUCAGGCGCGUGUUACUCCAUUCUGAUUUAUUCACUCGCCGACGGAAGAAGACGGGUGCGAGAAGACCCCGAUUUCAAAUGGGAAUUCCGAGAAUGAAAGAUAAGUUGGGCGCUUUCCAUUUAACGACGCAAAUCGACAUAAGCGUUGUCUUGUCCUUGACACUCAUUGAAUAUGGAAUAAGGAUAAAAUGAUGCUUGUAUCGGUUUGUGUCGUUAAAUGAGAAAUACUCGUUGAAAAUCGUACUGUAGCUCCACAAUUGUACUCUCACUUCCAAAUUAAAUAUAUUAUGUUCUUGAGAUGUACAAUAACUAGAAACUCAGAAUUCGAGGGAAUCAGUUAAUACUAAUUAAUUAAUAACUUUGAGAUUUGGGAGGGGGAUUUAUUAAUAUUAACAAAUUAAACACAAGGUUGGUUUGACGUGGAAGGUUGAUUUCCCGCUUGAAAAUCGGACAGGGGCGGAAAAAAUUACGGUAAAAACUACCAUAAAAUUUCGUAAUGCUGAGCCAUACCAGAAUUACGACUUAAAUUAUUAUAUAUAUAUUGUAAUCUUUAGUUAUGCAUACAUGAAAUACACCAAUAAAGAUUACAACACAAUAAUAAUUUCAGUCAUAAUUCCUGUAUAGCUCGGUGCUACAAAAUUUUGUAAUAAUUUUCACUACAAUAUUUGCUCCGUGUAAUCGAUACGUGCGUUUGCACGUGUCAAACACGCUUACCUUCUCGCAUAAAUUUAUUUCGCACCAACAAUCAUUUCGCUUCCUCUCACUCUCACUUUCUUUCUCUCUCUCUCUCUCUCUCUUUCCCUCUCGUUUCCGAGAUGGUCACAAAUCGAGGGUUGAAUCCUACGUGACACCGCCUAAUCUUAUCGAAUGUUCUAGAUGAUACAUGCCGCCCUGCAUCUGUCAUUGCGCGAUUUCGGACACCUUAUCACGCGAUAACCGGUUAUUCAUACCGUCUCGAUCCGUAACCGUCGAACACCACGACCGUUGUUGCAUUCCGCGAGGCGCGCACAAAAGUAAUCGGAAGUGUUAUUUUUACACAAGAGAGAGAGAGAGAAAGAGAGAGAGAGAAAGAGACCGACCGAUAAUUAUUAUGCAUUCAUCGCAUUCGAGAUCGCAUGUAGUGUGCAUCACCUGUGCGCUACCUGCGUCUCAGUAUCCUGCGUAGUAGUCGAAAUCCUAUAAUCAACGCGUUUCCCGCGUGAGAGCAAAUAGCUAACCAAUCCUAAUUAGCACCUCUCCGUCUCUUUUCAGCCCUAACGGCCGGACGGAGAGGGAGAACUUUACUAUCUCCGACCGGGGCUAAUCAGCAAGACGGACUCAUCUUGCACGUUGUCGUCGUCAUCGUAUGUGAGUUCUCUUCCCAAUCGCGAAGAUAUGAACAGAAGGGAAAUAUUCUUCCGCGAAUACGGGGGAGACGGAAGUCGCGCCGUGUAGCUUCCGCUUCGGUGAGAGGAGCGAACCGCGUUCUGGGAACAUCAAUCACGUACCGAUCCGAACUGGAUAGAGAAAGAGAGAGAGCCUUGAUUAAUUAGCAAUUAACAAAUUGCAAUUGACAAAUUGCGACGUCAUGACGCCGAAGCAAGCGGAAGGAUGGCUGGCGAUCCUGUACGGCGCCUCUAUGGUGCUCUCCGUUGUGUCCAUCAUAUCGAUGGUGACCGCAUGGCAGCAUUGGUCGUGGACCCUGGACAGUUGCUUCAACGUGAAUUGCGGCUGCAUCUUGUACGGCAUGAAAACGGUCACCAUGUUCAUCGGCGGCGACGUGAAGCUCUGCCACUUCAGCGCGUACGCCCUGAUACCUGUCAUCGUAAUCGGCUUGUGCCUCAGCGCGUAUCACGGAUACAGGUGUUUCAUACAUAAGAAUCUGGACGAGCCUAAGCGACUUAACGGCGCUGCGCGCGACGAUGACAGGCGCAACCUUAACGAACAAGUUGUGAUCCACAUGAAAUCGAGGACACAAUGCAAGCAAUGGAUACCCGCCGCUUUCGUCGCGGCGUUAGUCUGCUGUCUGUCCCUUUCCCAUGCGAUCGUGCUAACUGAUGGUUACUACAAAACCUGCGACCAAUACAGGCGAAAUUUCAUUCAAAUGGUGGAAUCGAGAGGACGCGAAGUUCAGGUGAUCCACGACAGACUAGCGUGCGGCACGAUCUUCGACUACAUGGAUUACCUGCAUCCAGACGCCAACAACUGGGUGCGCGGUGCCGAGAUUAACACCGGCCUCGCGCUCCAGCUCGCCAUAUCCACAAGCUGGUUGAAUUUCUUCGCCUGGCUCGCCGCGUUUUCGGUGAACAUGGUCAUGGCGAGAAAGAGGCUGCACAGUUUGGGAGAAAAAUUCUGCUGCUGCUGUUGACGAGCCACGUUCUUCAACGGAAUCAGCCACUAGUGAAACGAACUGAAUAUGUCGUGUGACACCUUGAUAGUCAUCACGAAAUUUCGCAGACAUUUUCUACCGAAUGCUCCACGAACAUUGUUACGGAUGGAGGUGGUGUUCCAAAAAUCCGACAUCGGCUGUCCCCGAGGAUCGGAGAUUCCUGAAAGAAACGCGUGUGUGACUAGUUCAUUUGACAAACUGGUAUCACCUUGAAUAUCUUCGAAGAAGAAACAUAUUUUAUUUACAAAUAAUAAUUAUUAAUAAUAACGAUUAUUAAAGAUAAAUUAUUAACGACUAGAUGAAGAAUGUAUUUACAGAGGAUGCGCAAAGUGAUGAUUAUUGAUAUUGAUGCAACUUCCGUCGGAAGUCAUUACAGUAACAGUUAUUGUUUCACCUUAUAUAUUUUAUUGAUGCAACUUCCGUCGGAAGUCAUUACAGUAACAGUUAUUGCCUCACCUUAUAUAUUUUAUUUAUAUAUUUUAUACGAAGACGACAUCCUCGAUCGACCUUACCACUUCUUUUCGCAUCCUAAAUGUCGAGAAAUCAAGACUCACCUGCUGCCGUGGAAGAUAAUCGUGUUCCCCUCUCCGAUUUCUAUUAUGCUUCCUUCGUAGUGGACGCCAUGUUAUGUUAAACAGGGUUAUAAUGAUUUUUGGUUGUUCCAAGAUUUAAAAAAAUCCACGUAUUCAGUUAGUAAAAAUAAACAUGUAAAAUCGUUCUUUUAGUCGCAUCUGCACAAUGUUACAUAUGUGUAUGUUAACAAUUUCUCCGUCUCUUUUCCUUUCUCUCGUAUUCGUUGCUGCGUGCAAAUAAAUGCAGGAAGCAGAUGAACACUGUAAAUAACUGUCCGCGGGCGGUGACGAGAUUAAUACACUGUGAGCCGGCGAAACUUUUCUCGACAUUCACGUUUUAUUUCCUGCGUGUAUACAUGGAAAAAAAAAGAGAGAAAACCUACGAACUAACAAUAAUAAAUAACUGUAUACGAAAGUUUCAAGAAGGAAUGUAUCGCAUCUAUACUAUUACACAGUCGUAACAGUUUAUACAAUCGUUGAGAGUCGUGAGAGCUGCGUUCCGAUAUUCACCGCCACUAUCACUGAAAAUCUAUAUCUGUACGUGACGUGAAACUAUAGAUUUUUGAUACAGGCGAUGAAUUUCGGGACGUAGCUUACAUCUUCGUACAGGAGGACGUUAAGUUAGAAACGAAAGAAAAAAUGCUCGGGGUGUGUCUCUGCACCUAUCGUUCUAUUUUAUACAUGGUACGUACAGAUCGAUAGUACUUUGUAAGGCUUGGAAUAUAACAACGUUUCUCUCUCGCGUAAUAUGUUCAAUAAAUACAUUAGAAACCUGCACGCGCGCACGAUCGGCGCGAUCCUGCCUACUCGAUUCGUCUCUCGUUUAUCGAGAUUUCGGAUUUUAAUUCUAUCCGCAUAUACGUACAAUCACUUCUCACUCUUGCGGUAGCGGCGUCGAAUCGGCGUCUUUUUCUUAAUAAUAUUCUAGAUAGAUUACAAGUGGUGUGUCGCCAUUCAUCAUUCUUUUAUUAUAUAUA